CAUCGAUACGCAAGCUACUGCAGCGCCGCCUGUCGGUCGCGGCCAGUACCGCCUCGGCCUCGAGUGCGCACGCUCCAUGUUCCCCGACAUCGCCGCAAUUCCCGCAUUAAAUCUGCCACAUCCUCAAAAAGAUCCUAAUAAAACAACCAAAUUCCCCCGAAGUUGAGGGCCGGGACGUGCCCGAGCACGUCCCAAAGCUGCCCGGUCGCGCGAGGCCCCUGAAAAACUUAACCUAAAACUGCCAACGAUUACGUCAAUAACAGCCUCACUCGCUUAUACAUCUCGACAUCUACUGUUAUUGUUUGUUACUACACAACGUUUUUAUGUAAAGGUGCUCUGAACUCCGAGUCGGCAACAGUGGAAGCCCCAACGGUCUAAAACUCAUCGUAUAGUUACUGCCGAGAAUCGUUCAUUAGAUAUUACUAUGACGUAGGAAACCUAGUUUUAAAAAAUAGCCAAAUAGUGUGUUCAAUAUUUUUUUGUAAAAAGUAUAAUUAAGUGCAAAAGUGGAGAAUCUAACAGCGGCCAAGAGAAAUGCCGGGUUUACCCCGGUCACAGACAGAUACAGCGUCAUACUUACGAUAUCGACAAAUGCCUCGGAUGGGUUUGCCUUAAUAAACGAUUACAACGCUGCCCCGCUGUUCGCCUCUGAAAACGCCUCCAGUGAAGUGUGGAGUGCGGGCGGCGGGGCCGGCGGUGGGACAGCAUGCGGUAGCACCGGCAUGGAGCUGAAACACGAGGUGGCGUACCGCGGCGUGCUGCCCGGCCAGGUGAAGGCCGAGCCUGGCGUCAGUCACAACGGCCAUCCGGUCAACGGACACGUCCGGGACUGGAUGGCGGGGGGAGCUGCGGGCGGGGGCUCGCCCUCCCCAGGCGCGCCGGGACAACCGCAGCCCAGCAACGGAUAUUCGUCGCCACUAUCCUCAGGCAGCUACGGUCCGUACAGCCCUAAUGGAAAAAUAGCCUGCUCUCCCGUUCUUCAUCAAAUAGGUCGAGAGGAACUUUCGCCGGCUUCAAGCAUAAAUGGCUGCAGUGCUGAUGCUGACGCCAGACGGCAGAAGAAAGGUCCUGCACCUCGACAGCAAGAGGAGCUAUGUCUUGUCUGCGGCGACAGAGCCUCCGGAUACCACUACAACGCACUGACGUGUGAAGGAUGCAAAGGAUUCUUCAGGCGGAGUGUCACCAAAAACGCAGUAUAUAUUUGUAAAUUUGGACAUGCCUGUGAAAUGGAUAUGUACAUGAGGAGGAAAUGUCAAGAGUGUCGAUUAAAGAAAUGUCUAGCGGUAGGAAUGAGGCCUGAAUGUGUCAUACAGGAGCCCAGUAAAAAUAAAGACAGGCAAAGACAAAAGAAAGACAAAGGAAUAUUAUUACCUGUUAGUACGACCACAGUCGAAGACCACAUGCCCCCGAUCAUGCAAUGUGAUCCACCUCCGCCCGAGGCCGCCAGGAUUCACGAAGUCGUCCCGAGGUAUCUUUCGGAGAAGCUGAUGGAGCAGAACAGGCAGAAGAACAUACCACCAUUGUCGGCGAAUCAGAAGUCUCUGAUCGCGAGGCUCGUGUGGUACCAGGAGGGAUAUGAGCAGCCCUCCGACGAGGAUCUCAAAAGAGUAACGCAGACUUGGCAGUCGGAUGAAGAGGACGAGGAAUCCGAUCUACCCUUCCGCCAGAUCACGGAGAUGACGAUCUUAACGGUCCAGUUGAUCGUCGAGUUCGCCAAGGGUCUACCGGGCUUUUCGAAGAUAUCACAGUCUGAUCAAAUCACCUUAUUAAAAGCCUCGUCCAGCGAGGUGAUGAUGCUGCGGGUGGCGAGGCGAUACGACGCCGCGUCCGACAGCGUGCUGUUCGCCAACAACAAGGCGUACACGCGCGACAACUACCGCAAGGCGGGCAUGGCCUACGUCAUCGAAGACCUCCUACACUUCUGCCGGUGCAUGUUCGCGAUGGGCAUGGACAAUGUGCACUUUGCACUGCUCACGGCCAUCGUUAUAUUCUCAGAUCGGCCCGGGCUCGAGCAGCCGUCGCUGGUAGAAGAGAUCCAGAGAUACUACCUGAACACGUUGCGAAUUUACAUCAUCAACCAGAACAGCGCGUCGUCGCGCUGCGCCGUGAUCUACGGCAGGAUCCUGAGCGUGCUGACCGAGCUACGCACGCUCGGCACGCAAAACUCCAACAUGUGCAUCUCGCUGAAGCUGAAGAACAGGAAGCUGCCGCCGUUCCUCGAGGAGAUCUGGGACGUGGCGGAGGUGGCCACGACGCAUCCCACGGUGCUGCCGCCCACCAACCCGGUGGUGCUAUAGCCUCCGCCCGCCCCAGGAGAGAACGCUCAUAGACUGGCUAGUUUUAGUGAACGUGCGCUGAUCCGUAUUCGGUGACAGAUUAGUGAUUAUAUGUGUUGUUGAACGUUUGGAGAGUAUAUAUAUAGUGUUGACGGCGAGGCCCGUCCGGCCCCGUACUUGUUUCGUUUCUGACCGGAUGCUGCGUCGGUCGCGCCCUUGCGACCACGAUAAGACUACUUUCUAUAAGUACGUCUCUAAAUUGAGGCCCCAAGAACCGGAAGCCUAACUAAGAUACGACGGUUUAUUUUAUCACAGAGGAAACUGAAGUAAUUAAUAUAUUAACAGUUAACACAGGUUCAAAGCAGUUAGGCCGCUCCGGACUUCUCAUGGUCUCAAUAAGGCGGACGUAUAAGAGUUACAUAGAGAAUAAAAUAAUAAUAUAUGAAGAGAUGUUUCUAUUGGAUGGAAUGAGUGAUGUAAAGUUGAUAGUUAUUUUUAUUUACCAAAUUAAUGAAGAGUCGGGUGUAGACCUUUUGUAAGUGAUGUGGCGAGGAGUGGAUCGCAGUGUCGGCCGCGUGCUCUCAGCAAAAGCGUGCGGUCGACGCUAAUAGUGCGAUGGUUUUGGAAUAUGUUUGUUUAUAUAUAGUUUAUGUGUGAGGUGUUAUCGUGUCCCGUCAAUUUUAAUUUCGAUUCGCGUUCAUUCGUCCUGUGCUCGCUACUCAGAUUAAAAAAAAAUUAUCGUUACUGUGAUUUAGAACACGCUGUAUCUAAUUUCAUGAUGAGAAUGUGCGAAAUGAAAAUUCACGUGUAACUAAAACUGGAUAAGGUUUAUGAUAAAUUUCUUUGAGUACAAUAUAAAUGAGUUGUCAUCGGUGACUGGGCCACAGUACGACCUGAUUAUAUUCACACGCAUAUGAAGACAGAUAUUGAUUAAUAAAUGUUUAGAUACAUCGCGGUGUCCUCAAUAAUUUCUUCAUUAUAUAAAUCUUCAAUAAAUAAUCUUUUUUAUAUUAUGUUUGCAACGUUGUUAGCGUGUUCGAUGGCAACUAGAUUGGAUAUUAGAUAUGUAUAUAGACGUCGCGCCAUCUGUAUUCGUUUAGGUUAAACAUUAAAAGUACAAAAGCAGCUAAUUUAUCUAUAUGAUGUUUUCGUUCUAAUAGCAAAGUUCGGGCGAGCUUACUGUGGGAACAAACUUAGUCGAGAGUGGUAGAUGACACGCAAGCAACGUUGCCCGGCAUCUAGAUGUCUUCAUUAGUUUUGUUAAUGAACUAUCUGACUUGUGACAUUCACAUAAGGUUUAAUUUGAUUUGUACUAAGUACCAGUCAAUAUAUUUUCAAUAAAAGCAUCAUUGGCAAAUCUCUUUGUCAGCUCGCCGCGGUUCGAAAAGUGGACAACCAAUAUUACAGUACAAAUUUGAGACUUCAACCUCAUGUCUCAAGAAGGGCCGUGAGCUCGUUUGCCAAUCUAAAAAAGUUAAUCAAAUAAAAACAAAAGAACAAGAUUAAAAACAUCGUGUCUAACAAAUCUACAUUGGCGUGACGCCAAUGACUUAUUUACCUAAUAUUACUAAAUAUUUUUUGAUACAUUUUUGGGAAAAAAUCUAACGCGAUUUAAAAGUGUUACAAACGAUUCUAAACAAACUACCCUCAGAUUUCGUAUAUACCAAAUCAAGACAAACACAAAACAACUUAUUUAACUGAAAUAAUCACAAACGAAACUGUACCGUAACGACGCUAAAAUACAGUUGUUUUAGGAUCAGCUAAUUGUGUCUACGCUGUUGAUGAAUGGAAAUAUAGUAAAUAAAAUCUAAAUUUAAUCGAUCUCAUUUACCGGUAAUCGUGAUAAGCACGUAUUGAGUUCGUAAUCUGAACUCGUUUAGAGCACUAUAUGAGUCACUCAGUACUCAGUGUCCGUCUCGAAGCCUUCUGUCUCCCUCUAACAUUACAUAAUUGUAAUUUAUUGUCACACCAUAUCGUUUUCUCGCUCCGUAUUCACGCUAAUAUCUCGUCAUCUGUAAACUUCGCGAUAAAUAUGCUAAUAAUAAGUGUCUGUUUGGCGUGUUCAAUGUGUUUAGCGUACCGUAAUUUGUGUGAUUGUUGUUUAUGAAAUUCAUUUCUGUACAGGAUGUGAGCUCCCGAAGUCGAAAGCUACAAAAUAUAUUUAUUACCUUAACUUAAGGAGGAAAACAAUCGUUUGGUGCUUGAGCCCGCAAUGCGUGCGAGUGACCGCAGUACGAAUCACGUAAAAAUCAUGGAACAAAAACCGCAAUGGAUUCUGUACGCGUUCCAUUGAGGGCUCACUAAACAUGAGACAUUAUUAUCAAAUGAAUAGCGGUCUCCGUUUCGGGAGAAUUAUCCUGUAUGUAAAUAUAUACAAGCGCGUCACGAUCGAACCUGCACCGAGGACCGUGCUAGUUCGCUUAGAGAUAACUCUUCGAUUUAACUUAGCAUUAGUCGUACAUAGCACAAAUUAUCACUGGAGUGUCUUAAGCCUCCACGGUUUCAGAGGCGCAUCGAUAACACACACUGCCAUUACAAACGUAUAAUAUACACGGUGCGAUCUCGUAUGCGUGAUCAUAAAUUCACAGUUUUUAUCUAAAGUCGAUGAAUCUUUCAUACGUCGCGAUUGUAGUCUUUAGAUGUUAAUCGAUCAUGGAAAUAUUAGCUACGAUACGUUGCCUUAUUAGUGCGGUGCGAUCGUGGACAACGUUAGGAUUCGCUCCGCGUUCGCAUUUCGCCUUCGACAAAUAUAACUGCCAUACGAUAAGUAAUAAAUGUUAUACGUCGUUCGUCGCGUAGGUCUCAUGAAUAGCUUCAUAGGAUCCGGCUUCCGUCGGUGCACGAGCGAUCGUGUUUGUCGACGUUAUAAUCAUCGACAACGUAAUAAAUAAACUGUUAGUAUUUAAUAAUCUCGAACGAGAAAAUAAUAAUAACUACCAUAAAAUUAAUUCGUGUCUUAGCUGAUAAUGAGAGAAUAUGAUAGUUGUGUGUCUGAUUGUGACGACGGAGAGACGGCACACGCAAGCGACCACGUGCGCGUAGUUGAGUACAGUGAAGUACAGUCGAAUACAGUGUGGAGUACAGUGCAGUACAGUCGAGUACAGUUGACUACAGUCGGAAUGGACGGUGCGGAGCCGGCGUUGCCGGUUGGAUGCCUUCGAGAGUUUUGUUUGAGGUGGACCGGUCGGGAGUCUACCGCUUGUCCAUUAACUUGUACAUAGAGACCUAUAGAUCCUAUUGUCAUAUGUUUGACAUAUGUACCUUUAGUUUUAUUCAUCUAAGAAGUACAGAUGGCUGUUGUUAUUUUUAUAUUAUUUGGGUAUAUUUUUUUUUUUUGUAAAUGACCUCUGUAUUUAUCUUUUGUAAGCUUUGUAAGCCAUAGGGACUUAGAAUAGUGUACGAGCUGCGAACAUUGUGAUUGCUGUUUUCUCUAAUUUCGUAUUUUAUUGAGACAAUUCGUUCUGCGUAUGUAUUCUUCGUUUCGACAAAUAUUUCUUAAUAUUUUUUUUUUUGUUAUUUCAGAGUGCAAUAUGUACAAAUAUUUACAUAUUAAUUGUACAGUCAAUUUUUAGUUUUAAUGUGUCAACGCAAUAUACUAGUGUUCGUUCGUUGAAUGUACACGAGAUGCAUAAUAAUAUAAUAAUUCGAAAUCACAAGUGAGUUGCGAUGUGACGUAUUCACUCUCAAUAUUGUGUUUUUUUUUUUUUUAAAUACUUAAGGGAAUAAUUUUAUAAUAGAAAGACUAAACUAAGCGAACUUUGUAUUUAAACUAUUUUUUUUUUGUAGCAGAUUAGAUUUGUUUACAUAAGACGAAUAAUGUACAUUUUGAAUUGAUUUUAAAGUGAUUUAGUUGUUAUUUAGUAACGAAUUUUCUUAUAAGGUGUAACUGGCAGCCCCGCGGUUUGGCUAGAAUAUUGAUACCAGUGCUAUGUGUGCAAUCUCUGUUAGUGGAUAGCCGCUUCCUACACAAGUGACCAUUCCGUGUACACUUGAUUUAUAUUAUGUUAUUUUAUUUAAACGCGACAUAAACUUGUUUCCCUCCUAAUGUAUUUGUUUUGCAUUGAUUAUUGUCUGUGUUAUGUUUAACGACAGCGGUGAAGCGAAUUAGUUAUAGGGAUAUAGACAUGACGAUACGUUUAAAAACUUUAUAGAGUCAACUUUUAUAAAAUAAUAAUAACCAGAGAGACAAAAC